AUGGCUUUGGUUGGGCUGCAGCUGCGGGCUGCUGUCCGCUCCUCGGUCUGCAGCCUUUCAUGGUCACGGCUGACGGUCAGAAACUAUGCUGCCAAAAAAACGGUAGCAAAAGGCAGAAUGAAAGGUCUUUCCAAAGAAGAACUGAAAGGCCCUGAAAUAUGCAAGGACCCAGUUAAGCUCACCACUCAUGCUAUGGGGGUGAACAUCUACAAGGAAGGGAUGGACGUAGAGCUGAAGCCGGAUUCUGAGUAUCCUGAAUGGCUUUUCAAUAUGGACUUGGGCCCCCCUAAGAAGUUAGAAGAACUGGACCCGGACACUAUGAAGUACUGGCGUCUGCUCCGGAAAGAGAAUACAAAGUUAGCGAAAAAAUAUUGGAAGACAAAACCAUUUUGA